AUGAGCCAACCUCUGAGCCUCUCGUUGCGCAGGAGUUCUAAAACACCUUCCGUCAGGACCUUUUACUCCAGCUCGGCCACCGACACCCGCGACAGUGACCCUUUGAGCGAGGGCGGAUCUGUCCAGGGCUCUGCCUUUGCGCCUCUCGACACGUUCCCGCGCCGUCACAUUGGCCCUACAGCUGCUGCGACGGAGCAGAUGCUCAAGGCCCUCGACCCUCCCGUCAGCUCUCUUGACGAGUUUGUCAAACAAGUUGUGCCUGAGAACGUCCUGUCCAGCAGGGAUCUCACCAUCAAUGGUCCGGCGAUACGCGCCAGCAAUGGCAAGCCCGCGACGUUCGGUCGGGAAGGAUACACAGAAAGCCAAUUGCUAGUCCGUCUGCGUGAGAUUGCGCGUGGGAACAGCGUGAAUCGAAGCUAUAUUGGAUGCGGAUACGCAGGAACGCGGGUACCCGAGGUAAUCAAGAGAAAUGUUUUGGAAGGGCCAGGGUGGUACACCAGCUACACCCCGUACCAGCCUGAGAUCAGCCAGGGAAGACUAGAGUCGUUGCUGAAUUUCCAGACAAUGGUCUCGGACCUCACUGCACUACCCAUUGCUAACGCGUCAGUGUUGGACGAACCAACGGCUGCCGCGGAAGCUAUGACACUUUCUGUGAAUGCCCUUCCCUUGAGCCGGCAAAAGAAGCCUAACAAGGUCUACUUUGUCGACGAAAACUGCCACCCCCAGACACUUUUUGUCCUGCAGUCCCGGGCUGAAGGUUUUGGAAUAAAGAUUGAGAUUGGCGACGUGCUCAAGGACGGCGGUAAGCGCAUCCAGGAGAUUGGGCAGGACCUGAUAGGCAUCCUGGUGCAAUACCCCGAUACCUACGGCGGCGUGGAGGACUACAAGGCUGUUUCCGAUGCAGUUCACAAGCUCGGUGGUACCGUCAGUGUAGCUACGGAUCUGCUCGCCUUAACUGUUUUGAAGGCACCGGGCGAGUUUGGUGCCGAUGUUGCUUUUGGCAACGCGCAGCGCUUCGGCGUGCCCUUUGGCUAUGGUGGCCCUCACGCUGCAUUCUUUGCCUGCAGUGAGAAGCACAAGCGCAAAAUCCCGGGCCGUCUCGUAGGCAUGUCGAAGGACAGACUAGGAGAGGGAGCGGCCAGAUUAGCUUUGCAAACUCGUGAGCAGCACAUCAGGAGAGAAAAAGCAACAAGCAACAUCUGCACCGCACAGGCGCUUUUGGCCAACAUGAGUGCGUUCUUCGCCAUCUACCAUGGCCCACACGGCUUGAAGAGCAUUGCGGAAAGAGUCAUCACCACCGCCAGGGUCAUCCAAGCCGCACUCAACCAACUCGGUUUCGAGACGAGGAAACGCGGCACAACCGGUAAGAACCAGGUCCUGUUCGACACGAUCGUUGUCAAUACCGAGGAAAACACCAAGCAAAUCAUCGCCAAGGCAUUGGAGGAAAAGAAGAUUAACCUCCGGGCCAUUGACGACAGUCACAUCGGCAUCACCGUUGAUGAGACGGUCGCGAAAGAUGAUGUGGAAGAUAUCCUGGAUGUCUUCCGCUCUUUCGCUGAUGUCAAAGACCUUCCGGACGUUGAGAAGCUGGCUGAGCAGGUUGGUUUCGCCUCUAGCGGUCUGCCCGAGCCGUUCAAGAGGACUUCAUCCUACCUUACGCAUUCCGUCUUCAACACGCAUCACUCUGAAACCGAACUCCUCCGCUAUAUUCACCAUCUUCAGUCCAAGGACCUUUCUCUCACCCACUCUAUGAUACCCCUCGGCUCCUGCACCAUGAAGCUGAACGCCACGACCGAAAUGGUUCCUAUCUCCUGGCCUGAAUUCUCGUCCAUCCACCCCUUUGUACCUACGGACCAAGCCAAGGGCUACGCAACACUCAUCUCUGAGCUUGAACGCGAUCUUGCUGAAAUCACCGGCUUCCAUUCAGUGUCGCUCCAGCCCAACUCCGGCGCCCAGGGUGAGUUUACCGGCCUGCGCAUCAUCCGCAAGUAUUUGGAGCAACAGUCAGGCAAGAAGCGCGACAUUUGCCUGAUCCCAGUCUCCGCUCACGGCACCAAUCCCGCGAGUGCUGCCAUGGCAGGCAUGCGUGUCGUAACAAUCAAGUGCGACACCGGGACGGGUAACCUGGACAUGGAGGAUCUGAAGACCAAGUGCGAGAAGCACAGUGAAGAGCUAGCAGCGAUCAUGAUCACAUACCCCAGUACGUUCGGUGUAUUCGAGCCGAAGGUCAAGGAGGCAUGCGAGCUCGUCCACAAGCAUGGCGGCCAAGUCUAUAUGGACGGCGCGAACAUGAACGCGCAGAUUGGACUGUGCUCUCCUGGCGAGAUCGGUGCCGAUGUCUGCCACCUCAACCUGCACAAGACAUUCUGCAUCCCGCACGGCGGCGGCGGGCCAGGCGUCGGACCCAUCGGCGUGGCCGAGCACCUUUCGCACUAUCUGCCAGGGCACCCGCUCAUCGCCACGGGCGGGGACAAGGCGAUCGCGCCCGUGUCCGGGGCGCCCUGGGGCUCCGCGAGCAUUCUGCCGAUCAGCUGGGCGUACAUCAAGAUGAUGGGCGGGCUAGGUCUCACGCACGCGACGAAGAUCACGCUGCUCAACGCCAACUACAUCCUCAGCCGGCUAAAGCCGCACUACCCGAUCCUGUACACGAACGCGGCGGGGCGGUGCGCGCACGAGUUCAUCCUCGAUGUGCGCGGGUUCAAGGACAGCGCGGGCGUCGAGGCCAUCGACAUUGCCAAGCGCUUGCAGGACUACGGCUUCCACGCGCCGACGAUGAGCUGGCCCGUCGCAAACACGCUGAUGAUCGAGCCCACCGAGAGCGAGUCCCAGGCUGAGCUGGACCGCUUCUGCGACGCGCUGAUCUCGAUCCGCAAGGAGAUUGAGGCGGUCGAGAAGGGCGACGCGCCCCGCGAUGGCAAUGUCUUGAAGAUGGCGCCGCACUCGCUCAAGGACCUGCUGCAGGAUAAGUGGGAGCGCGCGUACUCGCGCGACCAGGCUGCGUUCCCGCUGCCUUGGCUUCGGGAGAAGAAAUUCUGGCCUUCGGUUGCGAGGCUGGAUGAUGCCUACGGUGACACCAACCUCUUCUGCACGUGCGCGCCCCUUCAGCCCGAGGGCGAGACCCUGGGCACAGACUUGACGGGCGCGGCCGCGCCGCAGCCCACUUAG